AUGUUCGUCUCCCAGGAUGACGCCCUCAGCUGGCAUUACGAUGGCGAGCAUCUCCAGAUCAAGCCAUGGGGUCCGGACGCCUUCCGUGUUCGAAGCACCAAAUUGCCAGAGAUGCCUCCGCAAAACUGGGCAUUGUCUGAACCAGUUGAGCAGCACACGCCUGAAAUCAGUCUCCCAUCGACACAACCAACAUUGAUCGCACCUGAUCAAAGUAUGCACGGAACCAAGAAGGAUUACUCUACAGCCUCCAUCACCAAUGGACUCCUCCAAGCCCAGAUCACGGCAUACGGAAAGCUGACCAUGAGGAACACGAGCACUGGAAAACAGAUUUUCGAGGAAUACAAUCGUACCAAGAUUGAUCAUACAGACCCCAAGACAUCUGCUAUCCAAGUACAGAGCCGCGAAUUCGGCGCACACGGCACAGGAGCCACAGAAUAUCACAUUAUAUACCGGAUAGAGCCGCAAAGUACAGGUGAGAAGAUUUAUGGCAUGGGCCAGUAUCAAAGCAGCUUCCUCAACCUAAAGGGUCUAGAUAUUGAGCUUGCUCAGCGGAACUCGCAGUCCAGUGUGCCAUUCUUCGUCAGUAGCCUUGGGUAUGGCAUCCUGUGGAAUAAUCCCUCCAUUGGACGUGCAGUCUUUGGCAGGAACAUCACGUCCUUUGAGGCCAACUCAACCAGUGCGCUCGACUUCUGGAUCGUCACCGGCCCGACUCUACGGGAAAUUCUCCAUCGCUACGUCGAUGUCACGGGCCAUUCCCCUAUGAUGCCGGAGUACGGACUUGGCUUCUGGCAGUGCAAGCUGCGAUAUAAGAAUCAGGAGGAAUUGUUGACUGUCGCACGCGAGUACAAGAAGCGCCAGAUCCCUCUCGAUGUCAUUGUGGCUGAUUAUUUCCACUGGUCAACCCAGGGAGACUGGGCAUGGGACCGCACUGCAUGGCCUGAUCCAAAGGCCAUGGUCGACGAACUGGCGAAGAUGAAUGUCAAGCUUCUUGUAUCUGUGUGGCCCACCGUCGAUAAGCGCUCCGAAGCCUAUAACGAGAUGCUGGAGCGGGGGCUUCUCGUCCGUGUCGACCGCGGCAUCCACACUACCCGAGACUUCAUGGGACAGAAUCUGCAGGCCGACUUUACCAACCCUGCUACUCGCAAGUAUGUCUGGGACAAGAUCAAGAAGAACUACCAUGAUAUUGGAGUCAAAUGCUUCUGGUUAGACGAGGCAGAGCCGGAAUACAACGCCUACGCGUUUGAGAAUUACAGAUACUAUCUGGGACCUGUUAUGAGUGUCGGCAACCUCUACCCUCGCUGUUACACGCAAGCAUUCUAUGAGGGUCAGCUAGCGGCCGGCCAGCUCACGGGCGGCAAGGAUGGAAUUGUCAACCUUGUCCGAUGCGCUUGGGCAGGAAGCCAGAAGUACGGAGCCCUCAUCUGGAGCGGAGACACUGCCAGCUCUUGGACGGCCUUCAGAAACCAGCUAGCUGCGGGUCUGAACAUGGGCCUAUCUGGUAUCCCGUGGUGGACCACCGACAUUGGGGGUUUCUACGGUGGCGAAACUGCGAGCUCCGAGUUUCGAGAACUUCUAGUCCGUUGGUUCCAAUGGGGUACGUUCUGUCCCGUGAUGCGUCUCCACGGGUGCCGUGAGCCCGUCUACACUCCUCAGAAUGGCGAGGGAGGUCUAGCAGCGUGCGACAGCGGCGCGGACAACGAGCUUUGGAGCUUUGGCGAAGAGAACUACCCUAUUCUUCUCAAGUUUGUGAGACUGAGAGAGAGGUUAAGGGAAUAUAUUCGACAACUGAUGGAGGAGGCGAGUAACUGUGGUACCCCCGUCAUCCGCACAAUGUUCUUCGAAUUCCCCGAGGAUAAGAAGUGCUGGGAGGUCGAGACUCAGUACAUGUUUGGGCACAAGUACCUCUGCGCUCCGAUCAUGGAGGCUGGACAGACAGAGAGGGAAGUAUACCUUCCCAAGGGAAGCCGAUGGGGCCGUCUCAUCGUUGGCCAUAACGAGCAUACUGUUGAGGGGGAGGUUGAGGGCGGCAGCAAUGUCACUGCGGCGGCGCCCAUUGACACGAUCCCAAUAUUUGUCAGAUUCUAUCAGGUUCACUAA